AUGUCAUCACCUUCCUCACCCCCAACCAAGCGCAAGCGCAGCGCCUCCCACCUCCCAAUCCCAGGCGCCGACCUCCAACCCUCCUCGCGAGACGCGUCCGGCGAAGAAGGCGAAGACUCCGCCAGCGCCGGCCCACCAGCAAAGAAAUCGACAAUCGACACCAACCCAUCCAAACGCGCCCGCAAAAGCUCCGACACAAACGCAACCACAAAUGGCGCCGAAAUCAAUCAUGAUGAUCCCGGCGAACCGUCCGAAACAACCGUCGCCAGCAGUGAUAUCGAGGGCGGUGCGGGAGUAGGCUCAGCUCGCGGUCGCGGUUUGCACAUUAAGCUGCCCAAGGCCGGUGAUGAAGAGAUGCCUCCGCCUCCGGUCGGCGCAUUGCAGGAUCCUGUGGGUUAUCAUACCAAUCCGCCGCCGGUGGGGAGGGCGGUGCGGGUUUAUGCGGAUGGGGUUUUCGACUUGUUCCAUCUUGGACACAUGAGACAGCUCGAGCAAGCCAAGAAAGCCUUCCCGGACACGUAUCUGAUUGUUGGUGUUACCGGCGAUGAAGAGACACACAUGAGAAAAGGCCUGACUGUCCUCAGCGGUGCCGAGCGUGCGGAAACCAUCCGUCACUGCAAGUGGGUUGAUGAGGUCAUUCCCAAUUGUCCCUGGGUCGUGACUCCCGAGUUUCUCUCCGAGCAUCAGAUCGACUACGUUGCCCAUGACGAUUUGCCCUACCAGGCCGCUGAGGGCGAUGAUAUCUAUGAGCCUAUUAAGGCCCAGGGCAAGUUCCUUGUUACCCAGCGGACGGAGGGAGUCAGUACGACCGGUAUUAUCACAAGAAUCGUCCGCGACUACGACCAGUACAUCUCCCGACAAUUCAAGCGCGGCGCCUCGCGACAGGAACUCAACGUCUCAUGGCUGAAGAAGAACGAGCUCGAAAUCAAGCGCCACGUUGUCGAGCUGCGCGAUAACAUCCGCACAAACUGGACCCAAACCGGCCAAGAACUCGGCCGCGAACUGCGACAGAUCUGGCAGAACAGCCGGCCCGGAAGUCCCGCGCCGAGCAACCGCAACAGCGUCGACUACGGCAGUGCUCGCGGACCCCUGGCCAGCCCGACCGGCGGCAGCAAGUCGCAUCUUUCCCGCGUGGAAGCGCUCAACCGUCCCGAAAGUCCCGGUGUCGGGGGACGGAAUGAGGAUUUCGCGACUGGGUAUAGUCUCGGUUUGAUUGGUGGUGUGCGUGCUUGGAUGGCCCGCAGCCACCAGUCCCUCACUGAACCCUUGAGUCACCCCCAAUCGCCCAACAACGACGAGUCCGAGUCCGAGCAGAAUGGCUACGACGAGGAACUUCGCGGACGGGCUAAGGGUGUUUCUGCGGAGCACUAG